UGCAUUGAAGCGGCGUUUCUGAGAUUCCCAAAACCCCAACCUUCGGCGCUUUUAGACACGUUUCUCUUCUUUUCUCUCCUUGCCCGUUUCUCUCUCUCUCUCAUGAGGCGAUCCCACUAUCUCCUCCGCCCCGCUUUCUCGAGCGCAUGGCCUCCCUCCCUCCGUCCGCCAUGUAUCCGUCCAGUCGCUUCUGCCCACCUCUCUACCGCAUCGGCCCCCCACCAGCCCACCGAGCGGGUCUCCGCCAUCGUCGACGAGAUCUCCCGCCUUUCCCUCCUCGAGGUCGCCGAUCUCACGGAGGCCCUCCGGACCCGGCUGGGCGUCGAGCAGAUGCCGGUCAUGGCCAUCAUGACCCCCGGCAUGGGUGCCGCCGCCGGCUUCCCUGGACCCGCCGGUGCCGCCGGUGCGGCGCCUGAGGAGAAGGAGGAGAAGACGGCGUUCGAUCUGAAGCUGGAGAGCUUCGACGCGGCCGCCAAGAUCAAGAUCAUCAAGGAAGUGAGGACCUUCACGGACCUGGGGCUGAAGGAGGCCAAGGAGCUCGUGGAAAAGGCCCCAGCCGUACUGAAGAAGGGGGUGCCGAAGGAGGAUGCGGAGAAGAUCGUGGAGAAGAUGAAGGAGAUAGGUGCUAAAGUUGUUUUGGAAUGAAGUGGUUGUUAGGUAGGAUCUCCUUCUCUGUUACACAAUUUUUUACCUAAUCUGCUAAAUUUUGGGAUCAAGAAGAUAAAUGGGUGGAAUGGAUUCUUCAUUCGGUUAAAGCUCAUUCCCUACCUGAACAUUUAUUUGAUGUAAGCUACGCCAACUUAUUUUGCAAUAUCAUCCCUUCUAUUCUAUGGAAAUGACUGAGUUUUGGGGUGAAAAAAGCAAAGUUAGACAAGGAAUUGUUUCUUCUUGUCUUGUGCAUCUACAAUGAAACAUGUGUUCGGUGAAAAGUAGGCACCUUAA